AUCAGGUUACGCAAAAAAAAUUAUGAUUUGUUUGCCUGUUUAGCAUAACUAUUGGUCACUUCAUACACGGACCUUUGAUCCUGGCGAGUGACUCGUCACAUGGGCUGACCCUAUUUACCUGGGACACGUCAAACCAACACAGAACUUUUAAACAAUGACGAGCCUAGAUGACCUACUCGUGCACAUCGGGGAUUUCGGACCAUACCAAAGGAAAAUCACUGUCUUCGGGACUCUACCCGUGCUGAUCUUCGCCUUCGUACUUGUUGGAGUCGUGUUCUUGGGGCAUACUCCGGCACACUGGUGCAGGACACACGGAACACAGCGCAUCCAGAAUGAAUGCAACUGGACGGACAGAGAGCUGCUCAAAGUCACCACACCGCUGUUAGAUGAGUCGGGCACUUGGCCAGGAAUCUACAAUAGCUGCCAGAGGUUUGAUGUGGACUGGACACUCUGGGACAGCAGUCAGAGCAACUGCAAUGACCUCUCAAACUGGCGCUUGUCUAAUAUCAGCCAGUUCCCGGUAGUUUCGUGCGACAGCGGAUGGGCUUUUGAUCCAUCCCGCACCACUAUCGUUUCAGAGUUUUCUUUGGUGUGUAAAGAUUCAUGGCUGGCAGAUCUGACUCAGGUGUGCCUGGCUGGAGGGUUCUUCAUUGGUGCUUUUGUCACUGGAUACCUGGCUGAUAGGUUUGGCAGGAAGCCCUGUUUUAUCCUGUCUAUGUUUGGCCUUGGAGUGUCAGGGAUAGGUGUGAUGCUGUCACCUUACUACUCACUCCUACUGUUCUUCAGAGUGCUUCAGGGCUUCUGUGGAAAGGGAGCCUGGACAGCCAGCUAUGUAUUUGUCAUUGAGUUCUUCGGCUCAAACAACCGGAAAUUUGUAUCCUUGGUAUCCCGUACCUUUUAUUCCAUUGGUAUGGUCAUCUUACCUCUCCUGGCAUACUUCCUGCACUCCUGGAAAAUCCUGCAGCUGGUUAUGACCCUUCCAUGCUUCAUCUUCAUGACUUACUAUUGGCUCAUUCCAGAAUCUCCUCGCUGGUUGUUGUCACAAAGAAAAAUCAAAGAGGCUAUGAGGAUCACUGAAAACAUUGCCAAGUGCAAUAGGAGAACUCUCCCAGAGAGUUUCAGAGAGUUGGAUCUUUUGGAGGAGAAGCAAGACACAGUGAUAAGUCGUCCGUCAUUGAUGGUCCUGUUUAGGACGCCCAACAUUAGGAGGAACACCCUGAUCCUCAUCUAUGCCUGGUUCACGAGCACUGUUGUUUUCCAAGGGCUGGUUUUACGCCUGGGGAUAACGGGAGACAAUCUCUACCUGGAUUUUUUCAUCUCUGCAGCUGUGGAGCUGCCCACCGGUCUGGUCUUCUACCUGCUGGUGGACAGGGUGGGACGGAGGUCCCUCAUGGCUGUCUCCAACUUCAUAGGAGGAGUUGCCUGCCUCAUUGUCCCAUUCAUCUCAUCAGAUUAUGUGUGGCUCAAGAAAGUUACAGCCAUUAUUGGGAGAUUAUCUGUUGCCAUUGGAUUUGAGACUGUGAACUUUGCCAACUCUGAACUUUAUCCAACACCUCUCAGGAACUUGGGUGUGUCAGUGUGCUCAUCAUCUAGUGAUAUGGGAGCUAUUGUUGCCCCUUUCCUGCUCUACAGACUGGCCAGCAUCUGGCAGGAAAUGCCCCUACUUGUCUAUGGUGUCAUGUCUGUCCUGUACAGUGGACUGGUCAUGCUAUUACCGGAGAUGAGAGGCGUCGAUUUGCCUGAGACCAUUGAAGACGUGGAGAAUUUAAAAAGAAGAUACAAAUAAGACUCAAAAGAUUAAAAUGACAAGACAUCUGGACUAUAUUGUGUAUUUUUGUGCAUUUCUAUUUUUGUAUUCCACAAUUCUUACUGUGCUAAUGGGUUUUGGGAUGGACGAAGUGACAUGGACAUUGGGAGGAGAAGAUGGUUUGAAAAAUACGAUGUUAUAGCAUGACAUACAAAAUUGAAUGUACAUCUUCUUAGAAUUAAAAUGAACGUAAUAUUGAAUGUCAUUUUGUUCUGUAAAACAAUUAUUUUAAUUAAAUGAAUGGACGGAAUACAAUAGUAUUUU